GAAUCUCUCUCCCUCGCCGCCGCCACCACCCACGCCGGCCAGUUCCGGUGAGCUCCAGCGGCGCGCAGCACGCCCCCGAGCUCCCCUAGGUCCGCUCCACCUUCCGCCCCAUCCAGAAUCGGCGCUCACGCCCUCCGCCGUCCCCAUGGCUAGCUAGGGUUUCGGCCGCCACCCCUAACAUCGCCGGAAUCAGGCACAUCCGGCGAUGGCGAGGCCAGAGCUCGACGGAUCCGUUACCGGUGUGGCGCAGGUCACCUUGGAGUGGUCUGGACGGCGACGACGGCAGGAGGGCGCCGUCCUUCCUGCUCGAGGAGGCAGAGGACGAGGGGCGGACCUAGCUGGCGGCCCUGUCCUGCUCGAGGAGGCGGGGCCUGCCGAGCUCAAGCACGGCCACAACGACCCAGCUUGGCAGUACAGUAGUUUUGGCAAAAAAGAAAAUGGGGAAAGGAGUAUCAGCACGCGAGGAGCAAAGUUCUUUGCUAUCUUGGCUUUACUGGUAAGCUACAUGUUAAAUUAGAUGUGAUU